AUGGUGACAAAGUUUUGCCUGCUCAGGGUCAAGGUUACAGGUUCUGAGAAUGGGGAUCGCAAGCGCAGAGUUUGGGAAACCUUGGGUCAAAAGGCUUGGAUAGAGAAGACCUUUUCAAAAAGAGAAUGCAUCUACAUAAUUGCCAACAACAAAGAUGUUAACAGGUGCUGCUGUGGCCAGCUUAUUAGUCAACAUAUUCCAAUUCCUCCAAGUACAGCAGCUAACAAAAAUGGAGAGGAAACAAAGCAAUUGGAACCUCAGCCAGAAAAAUGGUCCGUCAGUAAACACACCCAAACAUGUCCAACAGAUGCCUACGGAAAUCUUGAGUUCCAGGGAGGUGGACAUUCAAAUAAGGCCAUGUAUAUACGUGUGUCGUAUGACACCAAACCAGAUUCUCUGCUUCAUCUCAUGGUGAAAGACUGGCAACUGGAACUUCCCAAGCUUUUAAUCUCUGUCCAUGGGGGCCUCCAGAAUUUUGAAUUGCAACCUAAAUUGAAACAAGUAUUUGGGAAAGGCCUGAUCAAGGCUGCCAUGACAACAGGAGCCUGGAUUUUCACUGGAGGAGUUAGUACUGGAGUAAUUCGCCAUGUGGGAGAUGCCUUGAAAGAUCAUUCUUCCAAGUCCAGAGGACGAAUCUGUGCCAUAGGAAUUGCACCAUGGGGCAUUGUGGAAAAUAAGGAGGAUCUGAUUGGGAAAGAUGUGUCAAGAGUUUACCAAACAAUGUCAAACCCUCUAAGUAAGCUCUGUGUGCUCAACAGUUCUCAUACACACUUCAUCUUAGCGGACAACGGCACACUUGGUAAAUACGGAGCUGAAGUUAAGUUGCGACGUCAACUGGAAAAACACAUCUCCCUUCAGAAAAUUAACACACGACUGGGACAAGGUGUGCCAGUGGUUGGGCUCAUAGUUGAAGGGGGUCCCAAUGUGAUCUCUAUCGUCCUGGAAUGUCUGCGAGAAGAGCCCCCUCUCCCUGUUGUUAUCUGUGAUGGCAGUGGACGAGCAUCUGACAUUCUGUCUUUUGCACACAAAUAUUCUGAAGAAGGGGGGAUAAUAAGUGAAUCCCUCAGGGACCAGCUUCUAGUUACCAUUCAAAAAACCUUCAACUACAACCGGAACCAAGCCCAUCAGCUGUUUGUCAUUCUCAUGGAGUGUAUGAAAAAAAAGGAACUUAUAACUGUGUUCCGUAUGGGUUCUGAGGGGCAACAGGACAUUGAGAUGUCUAUUUUAACUGCUCUACUUAAAGGUACCAACGCAUCUGCACCAGAUCAGCUGAGCUUGGCAUUGGCCUGGAACCGUGUGGACAUUGCACGUAGCCAAAUCUUUGUCUUUGGACAUCACUGGCCGCCUUUAGGAAGCCUUACAGUGACUGAUGGCACAGCACCUGAGAAGGAAAAGAAAUCUCCAGCAGCUCAAACUAAAGCAGCCAGAGGGAAAGGAAAAGGGAAAAAAAAGGGAGGGAAAAUGAAAGAAGAGCCGGAAGAAGAAACAGAUCCACGGAAGCUUGAACUACUAAACUGGGUGAAUUCCCUGGAGCAGGCUAUGCUGGAUGCCCUGGUACUGGAUCGAGUCGAUUUUGUGAAACUCUUGAUUGAAAAUGGCGUGAACAUGCAACGCUUCCUCACUAUUCCUCGACUAGAAGAGCUUUAUAAUACUAGAUUGGGUCCACCAAAUACACUGCAUUUGCUAGUCAGGGAUGUGAAAAAGGGAAAUCUUCCACCCGAUUAUCAUAUCAGCCUGAUAGAUAUUGGUCUUGUACUUGAAUACCUCAUGGGUGGAGCUUAUCGCUGCAACUAUACUCGAAAAAGUUUUCGGACCCUUUACAAUAAUUUAUUUGGACCAAAGAGGCCAAAAGCUCUUAAACUUUUAGGAAUGGAGGAUGAUGAGCCUCCAACCAAAGGGAAAAAGAAGAAGAAAAAGAAAAAGGAGGAAGAGAUAGAUAUCGAUGUGGAUGACCCAGAAGUCAGCCGCUUUCAGUACCCAUUUCAUGAACUCAUGGUAUGGGCAGUGCUGAUGAAACGGCAGAAGAUGGCACUCUUUCUUUGGCAGCGAGGGGAGGAGACCAUGGCCAAAGCACUUGUGGCAUGUAAACUGUACAAAUCCAUGGCCCAUGAGUCUUCAGAGAGUGAACUGGUGGAUGACAUCUCUCAGGAUUUGGACAACAACUCAAAAGAUUUUGGCCAGCUGGCUGUUGAGUUGUUAGAUCAAUCCUAUAAACAUGAUGAACAGGUUGCCAUGAAAUUACUGACCUAUGAACUGAAAAAUUGGAGUAACUCCACCUGCCUAAAACUUGCUGUGGCAGCUAAACACAGGGACUUCAUAGCUCACACCUGCAGCCAGAUGUUAUUAACAGACAUGUGGAUGGGGCGGCUACGCAUGCGGAAAAACCCAGGCCUUAAGGUUAUAAUGGGGAUUCUCUUCCCACCCACCAUCCUAUUCCUAGAGUUUCGCACUUCUGAUGAUUUUUCCUAUCAGACAUCAAGAGAAAAUGAAGAUGGCAAAGAAAAAGAGGAAGAAAAUGUGGAUGCAAAUGCUGAUACAGGCUCCCGAAAAGGAGAUGAAGAGAAUGGAAACAAAAAGCAACGGAGCCUUCCUAUUGGAAAAAAGAUCUAUGAAUUCUAUAAUGCACCUAUUGUAAAGUUCUGGUUUUACACGAUAUCAUACCUGGGUUACUUAAUGCUGUUCAAUUAUAUAAUCUUGGUGCGGAUGGACCGCUGGCCCUCACUCCAGGAAUGGAUUGUCAUCUCCUAUAUUGUGACUCUGGCUUUAGAGAAAGUAAGAGAGAUUCUGAUGUCGGAGCCAGGCAAGCUGAGCCAGAAAAUAAAAGUCUGGCUGCAGGAAUACUGGAAUAUCACUGAUAUGGUGGCUAUUUCAGUAUUUAUAAUUGGAGCAAUUCUUCGCCUACAGAACCAGCCUUACAUGGGUUAUGGAAGAGUAAUCUACUGUGUGGAUAUCAUUUUCUGGUACAUUCGAGUACUGGAUAUCUUUGGUGUGAACAAGUAUUUGGGACCCUAUGUCAUGAUGAUUGGAAAAAUGAUGAUUGACAUGCUGUACUUUGUGGUCAUCAUGCUUGUGGUUCUGAUGAGUUUUGGAGUAGCCCGCCAAGCUAUCCUGCACCCAGAUGAGGAGCCCUCUUGGAGACUAGCUCGCAACAUCUUCUAUAUGCCCUACUGGAUGAUCUAUGGAGAGGUGUUUGCAGACCAGAUAGACCUCUAUGCCAUGGAAAUCAAUCCGCCUUGUGGGGAUAAUCUUUAUGAUGAGGAUGGUAAACGUCUCCCUCCAUGCAUACCUGGGGCCUGGCUCACACCUGCUAUCAUGGCUUGUUACCUUCUGGUAGCAAACAUUCUACUGGUAAAUCUGCUGAUUGCUGUCUUCAACAAUACCUUCUUUGAAGUGAAGUCCAUAUCCAACCAAGUUUGGAAAUUCCAGCGAUAUCAGCUGAUCAUGACAUUCCACGACAGACCUGUCCUACCUCCACCUAUGAUCAUCUUCAGUCACCUCUACAUAAUCAUCAUCCGCCUUUGCUGUCGCUGUAGGAAGAAACAAGAAGGAGACCAGGAUGAGCGUGACCGGGGACUGAAAUUGUUUCUGAAUGAUGAAGAGCUGAAGAAAUUGUAUGAAUUUGAAGAGCAAUGUGUUGAGGAAUAUUUUCAGGAAAAGGAGGAUGAACAACAAUCAUCUAAUGACGAACGUAUCAGAGUCACAUCUGAAAGAGUGGAAAACAUGUCUAUGAGGUUAGAAGAAGUGAAUGAAAGAGAACAUUUUAUGAAAGCUUCUCUUCAGACAGUUGACCUUCGACUUUCUCAGCUGGAGGAGCUAUCUGGUCGGAUGGUGAAUGCCCUCGAAAAGCUGGUGGGUAUUGACAAAUCCGAGCUGACGCAUACACACUCACGAGCUUCUUCUGAAUGUGAUGCCGCUUACCUCCUGAGGCAAAGCAGUGUCAACAGCUCUGAUGGCUACAGCAUGUACAGAUAUCAUGUCAGUGGUGAUGAGUUAACAUUUGAUGAUAGCACCACCGCGAUGUCACCAGCCAUGGGAUUGCGCAAAAAAGCCUAUUAUUUUGGUACGAAAGAAGAGAAAGAUGGUGCAGACUCAAAGAUGCAGCUGGUUCCAGAACGUCAGGGUAGUCUUCGCUAUAUCUCCAGUGCUAAUACAGUUGCCACUACAGAUUACAAUAAAUCUACAUUAGAAAUUGCACAGAAUGUCACUAGACAUUCAGACGUUUCAGUUUCAUCUGAUGACAAGCAAGGGAUUUCCAAGAGUGAUGAAACAAUUCCCCAAAGCAUAAAGCAAACAGAUAUUGUUAUGAAUGGACAGUCAAUCUCAAGACCAGAUUUUCAGAACACUCAUUUAACAGUAGAAAGGACCAAGUUAGAAGCUACUAUCUCUUAUCCCUUGGACAAGUCUAAGGCAAUGCGCUAUUACCCUGCUGAAGCUUUCAAUGCUUGUCAAACAACCAUGCUAAAGUCAAGGAGCUUUAUAUUUGCACACGGAGGGAAGCUGGUUGGGGGGGUCAACAACUGGACCACAGACUAUAACACCAUAAUGGAUCGAGUGUGCCCUUCCACAGUUGAACAGUGGACUAGUGAGUGGAAAUACCAGGUUGAACAGAAACUUUCUAAUGAACCUAGUCCAGAAUAUCCUGGUGAGUCUGAAGCAGAAAGGCAAGCAGAGCAGAAACAGUUACUGACAGAUACAGAAGAUGACAGUGAUGUUGGCGAAGCAGGUGUCAGUGCCUCUCAUACUUCUACACCUGUCACCGACAGGACUGAGACAGAAAACUUACUGUCAGUGAAGCCAGACAGGACUGAUAGAUUCCCAUCUGUACGAUCAAAGAGUUUACACAGCCAUUCUCGGAAAGCCAAGUCCAUUAAGGACAAAUUAAAUAGACCAGGACACGCCAGCAGUGUAACUAAUCUAGUGGUGGCCUGUGGCAGUGCAACAGAAGAAAAAAAAGCUAAGCAAGAAAACACUUCCACGGAAACUGAGUGCUAAAAUGGUUCACAGUCCAUGUGGCAGUGAUGGUCAAGAAUUUGUUUGGAUUAGUUUAACAAAUAUACCACACUGAACAGAAAUGUUUGAAAAUUUAAUUCCUAAAAAUUUUUUGCAUUUACUGAUUUUCUGUAUUUUUAAUUCUGUAGAAAUGUUAAUACCCUGUUCUCAAACAAACGCUUUGUGAUUUGGGUGAAAGGAAGACAUGUGCUUUAGGGGUGGAUGUAAGGCUAAGCAUGAUAAGAAAAUGCCAAGUGGUCCAGACCUUUCUGGGGUCCGUUGGCCUUCCAUAUUCAUUUAUUGAUUGAAUCUUUAUUAGAGCUGGUUGAAAACUGGAAAAUAUUUUCAUAAAAAAAUGGAGAAAAUUCUCUCCCUUUUUUCAUUAGAAAGCUGCUAAAUUCAAACUUUUUGGAUUAGCUUUAUCUGCACAUGUCCACCUGAUUUCCUUAUGGAUGUAGUCUUUAAAGAAGAAAAAGUACUGAAUGCAAAGGAAAGUUUUGCAAUCUCCUUGAUUUCACGGAUACCUCUUAGUUAAAUUGCCAAGGAAUGCACAUCAGAAGUGACUUUCAGUCAAUAAAAUAGGCAUAAACCGAGUUAAAACAAAACAAAAAAAAUGCAGGUUUCUCCAAGCACAGCAGGACUUGGAAGCCACCAGUUUGGUCUGGUUCCAAAAUAUUUCACCUGUCUUUGAACAUGGGUGAUGGCAUCUUGUUUUCUUUUACUUUGAGAAGGAGUAUCCUCCUUAGCACGCACACUCACACACACACACACACACACACACACACACACUCACUCUCUCUCUCUCUCUCUGUCAAAACUAAUUGCCUUAAGCUGGGCAUCAUACUGGAAAUACUGCUUUCUGGAGGCUCUGUUUUGGGAACUACAUAUAUUUUUAACUGGCAGUGAUCAUUGUUUCAAAACACUUAGUGGGGAUUGAAGUGGGAAAAUGAGACUCCAAGACCUGCAUCAGUGGUUUGCAUCACCAGAGAUUACAGUGGAGCCUCGCAGUAAAUGGAAUUUGCUUUAUUUAAAUAAACAAGUACUGAUAAAGUACAUACACACCUUUAUUCCAGCCAAUCUAAUGCAACAAACCUUUCUUCCUUUGGGAAUUUCAUUUUGAUGACAACUGGGGAGCACAAGUGGCACCUGAAGCUUGUUUUAGGUGCUUCAAAACCAUGAUAAAUUUUUUGUUGGUCAUAUUUUCCUCCUCUUGUGAAAAUACAACCUGAACAGCCAUUUCAGUUUUAUUAGUGUGAAUCCCACCUGUCUCUUUUGAACAUUUCUUGUAUAGGAAGAUCAGGUUGUUGUCUCUCGAAAUCUAUAAAAAUUUAAAUCUCCCCAAAUGAGAGCAGAAAUUGAAUAUUUUUCUUUGAAUUUACAAAAUUUACAUAAGGAAAACAAACUCCACAAAAUAAGCUCUGGGCUCCUCCCUUUUAUCUUCCAUGAAGGGGGCCUAAAUUUCACAAUUUAUAGUCAGUAUUUUCCUAACUCACAUCUUUCAAAUGUGAGUCGUCAUUCAAAGGUAUUGCAAAGUGCAGUACUAAAAUGUACUUGUUUCUGGCAAUUUUGUUGGUGAUGUUAUAUUUUGAUUACUUAGUUCUUAUUUGUUACUUUCCAGGACUACUUUUCUAAAACAUUCAAGGCAGCCCCCUUAUUGUAGGGCAAAUGCACCAUUUAACAGAUGAGAAAGAAAACAAGCUAACUGACUUUCAAAGUUAUUUUCCUUAAAGAUUGCUGUUCAAAGGUUUAUAUUCAAGUUCUGCUGUUAGUAACCAGGAUUUUUGCAUGCACUAUUUUGAAAUUGUAGAGUUUAAUAUGUAUUUUCUUCCAUCAUUAGAUCCACUGUAGCAUGGGGCCUAGUGUUUACAAUUAAAACUCUACUACAAUAUUUGAAAAAGAAAGGAGGGGUGGUGUGUGGGUAUGGGUGUGUGUCCGUGUGUCAAGAUUCUAGUAAGAUGUUGGCUGCCUCAUGUUUUUGUCAUUAGUAUCAAAUAUCUCCAUCUAAAACAUGUUCCUAUACUAUACAGUGUUGCUAAACUUAAAUGAAAUGGACAGUUAUAAAAGUUCAUUCUUCACUAACUACGGCACUUCUCCCUGCUGUUGUUAUUCAAAGGUUUGUCAAUGUUAUCGGUACCUGAAGACAGGAUUUUUUUUUUCCAUGAGGGCUUUUUUAUUCAGUUUCUCAGAAUUUGAGAUUUGCUGUUGUAAAAUGGAAUGACAUUUGAUAUUGUUGCACUUCUACCCGGCUGUAUGACAGUUUGAUGCAAUUUCAUGGUCAUUUUAUAUGUGUAGUUAAAAUAUUUGUUCUAAUUUGCAGAUGCCUUUUAUUGUUUGCCUGUACACUCUUGCCGGAAACUGAUUCAUCAGCAAACUCAAAAGAGAUAAAGGUUUUCAGCAUUUUUGCUAAAUGAGCAGUAUCCAUUUCAGUAUGCAGUACAGUAUGUUGCAUGCAUCUUGUUGUAACAUCUUUAUAAAUUGUGUUAAACCAUGUUUUAUUUGCCCAGAGUCACUUUCUAAUUUUAAAUUAUUAAUUUAUCUCAAAUUAACCAUUGAAUUAGACUAACAUGGAACUCUCUUAAAUGACAACUUUUUACUUAUUGAUUUUCUUUGUGUAUAAAUAACCAGUUAUAUUAGCUCUAGGAACAAUACCAAAAAGAUAUGAAAUAAUAAAUACAAUGUAACAAAUUUGUCACUGUAAGGAUACUGAAAACACUGCAGCCGCUCUGUUCUUUUUUUUACAGAAUACAUGAAGUAAAUGUUUUCUAAAGCAGAAUUUCAGUUAAUGGUUGCCAGUAAUUUUAACUUAGAUGGGAUUCUAUGGAGUGAUACCUUUAUAAGGCCUUGAUCUUGCAAUCCUAGUGAAUAUAUAAAUAAA